UUUUGAAACUCGCUUGCCGCGAAGUUCGUCCGACAAUUUCUCCUCAUCAACCGAAUCGGCUCUAUCCAUUCAAACUUAUCCAGUCACAAGCACAGGUAGAGCAAGUAUCUAGGCGCCUGCAUUAUCUAUAAUCUGAUUCCUUUUUUCCUUUUUCUGGGAUUAGUUAAAUUUAGGAUCCGAUGCAUAUAUAGAAAGCAUUCGAUCGUUUGUGUUCCUAGUUUUGACGAGCGUUCGCUGUCUAUGUCGGUGGUUAUUUUCAAUGUCGGUGGGUGUUAGACGGUGGCACGCCUAUGUACCGGCUCGUUUUCAGGUAGCUCAAUCGCGAACGAUUCUACGCGUUGUCUGGACGUUGGGGUUUUCAUGUAUCGGACCUCUUGAAUUUGGGGUUGAAAUCUCAGCUGCGGUAUAAUUUGGUAGUUCCGAAGGCAUAUGUCUCAGUUUGGUCGCCGAAUUCUCCUUUGAUUGGGCUCAAUUCGUUGUGGAUCCUGAGAAAUCAGAAACGGGUGUUUAUGAUUUGUCUGUUUGGUUACCUGUAAUAGGGGCUUCAUCUGCUUUGAAGAUGCCGGCCACCGCAGGAAGGGUUCGCAUGCCCGCAAACAAUAGGGUUCACAGCAGUGCAGCCCUUCAAACCCAUGGUAUAUGGCAGAGUGCGAUCGGGUAUGAUCCCUAUGCCCCCAACAAGGAUGAUGCAAAGAGCUCCGCUCCCAAUAUGGCGGCGGCUAAUUCGGAGCCCAAGGCCGAGAACUCGUAUACGUGCUUCCAAGAUCUGCUUGCUCUUGCCCGCAUUACUGGGUCAAAUGCUGAUGAGGCCCGGGGCGCAUGCAAGAAGUGUGGCCAUGUUGGCCACCUGACAGUUCAGUGUAGGAACUUCCUGAAUAUGAAGGAUGGUAAUGAGGAAAAGGACACGGAGGCAGUGCAGGCUGCACUUGCAUCUUUUCCUGGGUUGGAUAAGCUGAAGGGGAGUGCUAACAAAGCGAGUGGUAAGUCUGAAGCGGAAAGUGAGGAGGAUAGCAACGAGGAAGAAGACGAAAGUGAGACUUCGGAUUCUGAUGUUGACUUGGAGAUUGAGAGGGUAAUUGCCAAGCGCGAGGGGAAGAAGGUAAUCACUAAGGGCACCGUAGAAAAUUUAUCGAAGAAGAAGAGGAGGGAUGGGUCAGAAGAUGACGACUCGGAUAGUGAUCUGGGGGAGAGAACGAAGAGAGGGAGGUCGAAGAAGAGAAAGAGUGGAAGGAGAAGAAGUAGUCUCUCGGAGGAUAAGGAUGAAGUUAGAAGAAAGAUGAGGAAGGCAAGGAGGAGGAAGAGGGACGAGUCAUCAGAUGAGGAGGAGCAUCGACGGAGGCAUAGGAAGAGUAAGAAGGAUGAAAGGAGGAGGAAGAGUCAUAGACAUACAGAUGAUUCCAGCUCAGAUGAAUCAGGUGAUUCUAACAGGCGGCACAGGAAGAAGAGCUGGAGAGUAGCUGCAUCUUCCGCUUCCCAAGCAAGUAGCUCGGAUGACUUACGUGUUGGGAGGGAUAGGAAGCGAUCUGCCAAGAGUAGCAGAAGACACCGUCAUAAAGAGGAUGACUCUAGCUAAGAUGUAGGAAAAGAUAUGGAGCUCACUGAGUGCGUCCUAGCCCUUGGAUUUGGUGGGCUCUACAUAAAUAAGACCAGCCUACUCUGAGGGUUCGGCGUGCACCCGUCCGUUGUACCAGUAGCAUAUCCUGCUUAAGCUAUCUUUGGUCAUGCUUUCUUGAGCUUCAUCAUGGAUUAUGUUGCGAAAUGAACUCCUGCGGGGUUAGUUGAGCCGUUAUCCUCAAAUAAAGUUAUUCGCCUCCAAGCAUACUUGGCUCCUUAUAUAUCCAGGUUUGUGCUUGAAAACUCUCGGAGGAGUAUUUACACUUACCCUGCUAUUGUUUAGAAUAAGACCAGCAGAAUUAUACCAGUACAUAUGUCUCAUGUGAUUGUGAAAACAAAUACAUUUGGAGGUACAUGUUCCAUCAUAGACCUUAAAAGAAAUACCGCAUUGGGAGGCAACUUCUUGUUGGCUUGAUGCCUA